GAAACGACGUGCGUGAAAAAAAAAACUUUUUUUUUAAAUACGGACGCAUCCUUAUUUCAUAUUCAGUGCGGUGUGGUGAUUCGCUGAGUGUGGACGUGUUUUUUUGAACUUUUUUUUACAUAACCAUGAAGCCACUGCUACGAACAGUGGUGGCAUUGUGCCUCCUUCUGGCCACUCAAGCGCAUCCAGAAAAUAUCGAACAAGUCAAAGAGCUGCCUCAAAAGAGCGAACCCGUCGUAGAGGCGGAAGAGUCCUCACCGCAAGUCAGAGAAGAACGAUGCACCACAUGCAAAGGAGGAGUCAAUUUGAAAUUCAAAAGCCCCAAUGAGGUGCUAGCAGCUAUACAGGCAUUGCCUGGUGCUGAAGUGCAUUCCCAGUCCUCAUUCGAAAGCUGCUCUUCCGACAAGGGCUGCGCCGGACUUAAAGUAAAGGACGGACGCGUUAUCGAACGAUUCGGCAACAUCGAUGCUUUCAAAGAGGCAGCCGCGUCCGACACAGGAAACGAAUUCACUUUCCAUGCUGCUGGGAGCUUAGGAAAUGUGUUCGAAGGCGGUAUUCCUAAAGACGGACCGUUCUGGUGGAUGAACCAGAACUCGCCUUUCAAGAACGGUGCCGCUGGUGGUGGCGGAAGCUUUGAGAAAUUCAGCCAGUCUAGCUCUUCGUUCACCAGCAGUGGUAACGCUGGAGGCGCUGGAGGUGUUGGAAGUGCCGGUGGCGCCGGAGGUGCUGGACUAGGCGGCGGUGUCAGUUUUGAUCUGAACGCAAAUCCCUUCCUGAAUGGAGAAUUCUCGAAACUCGCCGGCUCCGCCGCCGGUUUCGGAGCGUCCGCGCAAGGCGGCGCUAAGCCUGCUGGAUCAGGAUUCCAAUCGUCUUCUUUCGAGUCUUCCAGCUCAACGUUCAGCAGCAACGGAGGUGAAAUCGAUCUUAAGAGUAAUCCGUUCUUGAACGGUCAGUACAACAAGAAUGCGGCUGGAUCUGGCUUCCAGGCUGGAUUCUCGGCUGGAUCAGCUGGACAGGGCGCUGGUGCGUUCGGUGCUACUGGACAAGGCAGCCAAGGUGCCGGACAGUUUGGCGCUCAGGGCAGUCAAUUCGGAGCCCAAGGCAGUCAAAGUUCAUUCGGAUCAAGCUCAAGCGGCCAGAGCGCAUUUGGAACUGGAUCUAGAGGAAGCGGAGCUGGAUUCGGUGCAAGCGGAAGUUUUGGCGCUGGUAGUGGACAAGGAGCAGCCGGACAAGGUUUCGGCGCUAGCUCAGGACAGAGUGGCGCUAGCGGAAACGCUGGGCAAGGAGCCCAAGGAUUCGGUCAAGGUUUCAACGGAGGCAGCGGCCAGAGUGCAUUCAGCAGCCAAUCGAGCCAAUCCUCAUUCCAAGGCCAAGGCUUCGGUCAAGGCCAGGGCAACCGCGGCUACACGGGCUCCUCCCCCAGCCCCUUCACCGCCUCCACCGCUGGAUCUAACGUGAAUCUAAUCCAGAAUACUCAGAAGACAAGUGAAUUUGACUUCGAACAACAACAGCAGACCCAGUCGAACAUCGACGAAGCUUUCCAGGGUACUGGGAAUGUGCAAAGCCACGCGCAUAGCGGUAGCGAGUUGCAGCAAACCUGCGCCGGUCAGGGAUAUGUGUGCGUCCACAAGGCGCAGUGCAACAAUGGAGUUGUGAACACCAAUGGCGCCAGCGUGCUUCAGGCUAAAACUAAGAAACAAUACUGCAAUACCAGAACCGAAAUCUGCUGCCGCAUCGAAAUCUCCACCCUCGCUGGAGCCAGCGAUCUCCAAGGUUCCCUCGGAGUCGGAUCAGGCACCUACAGCGGCAGUAGCUCCUCCAACACCAACCGUCAAGGAGGACUGUUCGUGUCAUCUAGCCAAUCAGGAAACAACGGCUUCGGCGCUCAAGCUGGAAGCAGCCAAUCUGGACAAAAUGCUUUCGGCGCUGGCCAAUCAGGACAAGGCGCUUUCGGUGCUGGCCAAUCAGGACAAAGCGCUUUCGGCGCUGGCCAAUCAGGACAAAGUGCGUUCGGUUCCAGCCAGUCAGGACAAAGCGCGUUCGGCUCUAGCCAAUCAGGACAGGCCUUCGGCAGCCGAGGCUCGGGGUCUUCAUUCAACGCUGGCGCUAGCGGAACCACAGGACAGGCCGGUUUUGGAGCCGGCUCCUCGACCUUCAACGCUAACCGUGGCUCGACUGCCUCAAGCUUCGGACAAGGAACGCAAGGUUUUGGUGCCCAAGGUACCUUUGGAUCUGGAUCAGUGAACAAGGCCGUCGAAUCCAGCUCAUCUACUUUCGGAUCAACAACCAGAGGAACAGGAUUUGGAAGCUCUGGAACCAAAUUCGGAGCCGGAUUUGGAGUAGGAUCCACAGUCGCUCCGACCACCGCUGGCCGCUUCGGAGGAAACGAAGUAGUAUACAAGCAAACUAGCCAAUCCAACUUCGUCGAAACUGACUCCUUCUCAUCAGGAAGCGAGAAUACUGGAAUCUUCAGACCUGGAAGCGGGCUUAAGCCAGGCAUUCCUUACCUGCCCCCUGACAAUACUAACCAGGGCUCAAAUGUGGUGUCUUCAACCGCUUUCCCGUCUACGUUUGUCACCCCUCGCCCCACCACCCCCCGGCCGACGUACCUUCCCCCCUCCCCGACGACGUCUGCCCCGGGAUACUUGCCUCCCAUUGGCGCGCCUAGCUUCAACACGGAGACAAGGCUGCCUAGACCGACCGCGCCGCCGACUUACAGUGAAGGCGAGCUCAUCUUGAGCCCUUUCAGGCCUGGACCUGCUAGGACUCCUGGUCCUGCUCCUCCUAGUGAAGUGCCUUCAGGCUGCGCCGCGGCUCUUAAGUGUACCCCCGUCGAGUACUGCACAGCCGAGGGCGUCAUCUCCAACACCACUGUAGCCCUGACUAGAGACCAGGAGGCCUUCAGAGUCCCACUUACGGAUUGCAAGGAUCUUGAGACUGGACGCGUCGGCAAGUGUUGUCGCGAUCCCUACUAUUCCGAUCCCUGGCCAGUCAACCAACUUGGCAAAUGGGUACCCAACACGUUCGGUGGUAACGAUGGCAAAUACACUCCAGACAACAGAGGCUCGCCCAGCAUCGGCAGACCAUCCGUCACAUCCAGGCCCCCUGCUGUCACUGGCUCUACCCUCCUGAACAACUACAGGUCAACAACCAAACCGACACCUACCUUCGGGCCAAACCAAGUGACCCCAGGAUUCCCCUCCGUCACUCAGACGUCCUACGCAAAGGGCGGCCAAGGUCAAUAUGAGAUCCGCGGCCAAGGUCAGGGCAGUCAGGCCGGCCAAGGUCAGAUCGGAUUCGGCGGUCAGGGACAUAUUGGUGUUGGAGGUCAGGGAUCGGCUGGAAAUCAAUUCAACUCUCAGUCCCAGUUCAGCAGCAGCUCGUUCUCUCAAACCCAGCGCGGGCAAGGCCAAGGUGUGACCACUGGCCAAGGUCAAGCUGUGACCACUGGCCGAGGUCAAGCUGUGACCACAGGCCAAGGUCAAGUCGUGCAGCAAGGUCAAGGCGCCAUCGCUCAGGGCGGCAGAGGACAGGUUGGCUUCGGGUCGCAAGUGUCUGUACAAGAACAGGCCGCUUUUAACUCAAGAGACCAAAGCAUCGCCCAAAGCCAACAAGCCAACCGCGGCAACGCCGUUACCACUGGCCAAGGUCAAUCCGUCAGCCAAGGAUUCGGCCAAGGAGUCACCCAAGGAUUCGGCCAAGGAGUCAGCCAAGGUUUCGGCCAAGGAGUCACCCAAGGUUUCGGUCAAGGAGUCAGCCAAGGAUUCGGCCAAGGAGUCAGCCAAGGAUUCGGCCAAGGGGUCAGCCAAGGAUUCGGCCAAGGAGUCCGCCAAGGCUCCGGGUUAUCCGUGAGCCAAGGUGGCGGAUUUAAUGUGGAGAAUGAGUACUCUGAUUCGGCUUCUAGAGUGUUCUUGAGUCGGUACAGCGCGGGAGGACAGUGUGGAUUGUUCAAUGGCCAGAAACCGUACGGAAACCGCAAUGAAAACGAAGUGGACUUCGCUGAGAUCCCCUGGCAAGCCAUGGUACUCCUCCAGACCAACAAGAGUCUGUUGUGUGGUGGUGUCAUCACCAGGCCCGAUGUUGUUGUCACAUCCGCAUCUUGUAUUGACGGGCUCCAAGCAAAGAACGUUCUCAUCAAGGGAGGAGAAUGGAAACUCGGAAUUGACGAGGAGCCCCUACCCUUCCAGAUUGUCCAGGUCAAGAAUAUCCUGCGCCACCCCUACUACAAGCGCGGAAGCCUCCUCAACGACGCUGCGAUCCUGGUACUCUCCGAGAACCUGAGAUUCGCAAAGAACAUCUAUCCGAUAUGCUUGCCGAGCGCGCAAGAUACUCUGGAUGCGUUCUACAACGGCGCCGGAGAAUGUAUCGUCACUGGAUGGGGAAAACAGGUGUUGCAAGCUCACCUCCUGGGCUCCAUCAUGCACAGCAUCAACGUAUCACUGAUCAACCCUGGGGAGUGCCAGGCCAAGAUUGCCCAGGACUACCCUCAUCUGCUGGAUCAGUACGACCAGGAUAGCUGCGCGUGCGGACAGCCUACCAACCCCGUCAACAACAUCUGUAGGGUCGACACUGGAUCCGCCUUGGCUUGCACCACUGACAACGUCCACUGGGUGUUCAGAGGCGUCUACUCUUGGGAGUCAGGCUGCCAACCGGGUAACCAGCUGGCCGGCUUCUACAAGUUCGACCUGGAGUGGUACGAGUGGGCCAUCGGGCUGCUGGAGAGCGCGCGCUUCGCCCAAUUCUCCAGUUCCAGCUCCAGCUCCAGCCAGCGGUUCACGAGCGGCGUGAAGGGAGGUGCCGGUGGUGCUGGUGCUGGCAUUAAAGGCGGAUUCGGCGCCAGUUUCGGCGGUUUCGGCGGCCAAGUCGGCUUCGGCUCUGGACAGUUCGGCCAGUUCUCCUCGAAGAUCACCAAGGGCACCUCGAGCGAAGGAAAAGGAGCUUUCAGCGGGGAAGUCACCAGCCCCAUCAGCAACAGCUAUAGCGCCACUUACUCCGAGAAAAAAACCUUCCAAUCGGAACCAAAAAUCAUCACCUAUACUACUAAGCCUGAGAUAGUCACUUACACUACCAAACCUGAAUAUUUCACCUUCACCACUAAGCCUAAAUUAGUAACUUAUACUACUAAACCACAGAUAGUAACCUAUGAGACUUCUGGAAGCGGCACGAAUCCGCAAUACGUAGCGCCUGGUGUAACUUUCAACCCGACUUUCUCAGAGCUGGUUGGACAGCAUAAGCACAACGCCGCUUGCAAUUGCUUGAAUGGGAAAAAGUAAAGUAUAAUAGUUUUGUUGAUUUCUAGAAACUCUUGAUAAAAGAUUGCAUUGGAAUUGGAUUUUACAGUUAGUGAUCAAAAGGCAUUCAUGCUGGCCCUGUUAAAAAAAACAGAGUAUGUAAUGAUUGACUGUGAUCUGUAAAUAAGAAUUUUUAGAAAUCUCUAUUCAAAAGAGCAUCUACUAUAAGAAGUCAAAUAAGUUAUUUCCUAUCAUCAAAUUACUAGAAAAGUAGUAGAUGCUUUGGAAGGACGAUCUAUGGAUCUCCCAUUUUAUAAAAUUCUAAAGUGCUAGAAACUUAAAAUUGCAUUGACAGCUUAUUUACAAAAAAAUAUACUAUUGUCAUAAAACUAUUUAAUUUCUUUUAGUUAAAAUAUAAGAAAAAUAAAGACUAAAAAGUCGCUUCUGGCACUUUAGUUCAUCGUCACUCAAUGUUUUUUUUAUUACACUUAAAAUAUUUUAAAAUAAAAUAUGGUCGUGCCAUACCCAUCUUGAAGACAGUACAAAAUGUGAAUUCGGUUUUUUAUUUUAUUUUUAUUGUAUUUGAAGUAUCUGUAAAUAGAUAGGUUAUAUUUAAUGCAAACUUAUCUUUAAACCUGAGCUUAAGCUGAUGAAACACUGUCCGAUUAAAAAAAACAUUGGCGAGUAUUCAGUAUCCCACAUUUUCAUAUGUUACCUUUAGAAAUUCAGAAGCUGAAUUGAGUAUUUAACUAUAGAAUAUAAUUAUUUAUAAUACAAUGUAAAACCUCCCAUAUACUUAGUCAAAAAGCUCUUGAUUGUGAUUUAAAAUUAAUUAUAAGUAAUAACUUUGUGAAAAAAAAUCGGAUAGUGUAUUAAGGGAACGUUGGCGUCGUAACUUUUUUUUUAUUUGUAUAAAAUGUGUUUUAGUGAUAAAACCGCCACAUUUAUAAGCCGACAAUUGCACAUUUAUUUAUAAGAAAAAUUGAAAGCUUAGACAUUGGACCAUUUUGUACCCCAAAAUCGUCGACUGUCUAAACUGUUUCAUACAAAUUAUUAUAUUUUUUUAUAAUAAUUCGCAAUAAUUAUAAGUAUUUAGUCAAUAUACGUAUAAUAUUAUCGAUGUAUACAUUUUCUAAUUGUUAUAAUUAGGAUUAAAUAAUUGAAAUAAAAUGGAGGUACUUUCAA